AUGGAACUGCAAAGGGAAGGAGUUAGGCAGAGCAAUUUACGGAGAGGGAAUGUGGAAUUGAAUGAAAUGAUGGAGUCUCACAUAAUCUUGGUGGACAUGUUGCAAAAGUUAAUCAAGUUUGACAAGCAGAAGAUAUUCCGCUACCCUGUUAGCGUCAAGUUGGCUCCAGAUUAUUACAGAAUUAUCAAAAAUCCUAUGGAUUUUGAGACAAUGCUUAAAAAACUAGACGCCAAACAAUACAACGACUUCAACGACUUUGUAGAUGAUAUACGACUAAUAGUCAGCAAUGCCAAGCUUUACAACGCGCAAAACACUAUAUUUUAUCAAAGCGCUAUUUCGCUUGAACACCAAUUAAACAAAAUAUGGCCUAGGUUUUAUAAAAAAUAUUCAAUCGCAGCGGCAAGUGAUGCCAAAAAUAUUAAACAUCAAACAUAUCAAUAUACUAUGGAUAAUAAACCUGUACCGUCUCCAGAGGCUUCAGUAAAGCGAAAAAGGGGCAAGGGAAAAAUGGAAAAUAAGAUAGAUUAUAAAUUACCUAUAUAUAUCCCUGAUGAAAGCAUCAAGAGCAUCCUAGGAACGCAAGAUAAUUAUACAUCUUCAUUGCAAAAACUAGGAAAUACACUGGUUGAAUGCCAACGAUUGACCAAAAUACCCCUACCUCUAUCCAUACUUAUACCUCAGCUAAUACCUCCUUCUAUUCCCAUGCCUUCUAUAGAAGCAGCAAUGGCGUCUAGGUUGAAGAACGAGAUUAGUGGAUCGCAAUAUACAAAUAGCAUAAAAAAUUUCAUAGGAUCGCAACAUCUGGACAAGCUAUAUAGUAUAUAUCCCAGCAUCAAAGGAGUGCUUGCUAAGUUUGACAAGACUUACGUAUCCACCACUCCACUGAAUGAUCUGAGCAUGUUCGGCAUUGAGGAAAUUCCCAACAAUUACAACAUGCAAGUUGAUAUGAACGCUGUGUGUAACUUGUUGUUACAACUUGAAGGCGCAAAGAAACAAAGUUAG